CCUCCCACAUGGAGGAUUCCAAAAAUCAAUAGGCUACUGGACUUUUGCUACCUCAGGUGGCACCAACUGGUGAAUUUUUGGGGGCUGCUCUCAAGGAUUAAAUGGGGAAGACGAAUAAAGACCAAACGUAGACAAAGCUUUUCUAUCUGCUGCGGAACAGGUAAAACCGCCUUCACCUAUACUACAGCAUCUCAGUGCAGCUGUUUGAGUCCACAUUCUGCUGUCGGCCACGAGAAGACUCCUCCCUCCAUUACGACAGCUGUCACGUCUUUACGCUGUAGUGUACACGCGCAGAAAUGCAAUGUUUUCUUCUUUGGUGUCUUCCGUGUAUGAGCCAUAAUUCAAAACACUCAAAUGAUUUAUUUGAUUAGGUUAUAGAUGCGAUUAAUGCCUCUUGAACGAAACGGGGUCGCUGCAAUGACAUUUAGGCUGUGGGUAAUCUUCGAAUGCAAAUACACUUAUGUUGUGUUCUGCUGUUAUGUUUUCCUACGUUCCUAGCGAGAGAGAGUGAACUCAGAUUUUGGAUUGAAAUGAAUGCAAGACUCUGAAAACAAUGUCUUGACAUGAGCGUCCAUACAUACACAAGAUUCACAGCGUGGACGCUAUCGUUAUCUGCAGCAAUCUGCAGAUUGAACAGAUCAAAGUGCAUUGAGACACGAGGCCGUUUCAGGAGUUCGGACACACAAAGUAAGUGUUCGGGGGACGCUAUACUCUUAAAACGCAUUCAGGAAGAGUUUCAUGGUCUUCACAGAUGCGUCAACUCAGUUAAAGCUACGUGAUCGAGAUAAUACAGAAAAACAUGGAGAAAAACUCAUCCUGGAAAGAGUUUAAAGAGUUCAUCAGUGUUGUACAGUUCAUAUAUACAUUCCUCUUAUUGGGAGUGACAUGUCUUCUCUUGAUGAUAUACCUCCUGUUUACAUCUCUCUGGAUUAUCCCAGCACUGUACUUUUCCUGGCAAGUCUUGGACUGGCACACACCAGAACGAGGGGGCAGAAGAACUACAUUUGUGCGAAACUUUCGAGUAUGGACACACAUGAGAAAUUAUUUUCCUGUGAAGUUGGUGAAGACAGCAGAGCUGAGCCCAAAUAAGAACUACAUCCUGGGGUCCCACCCCCAUGGGAUCAUGUGUUGCGGAGCUUUCAACUCUUUUGGUACAGAUGCCGGUGGCUUCAAGGAAGCUUUCCCUGGAGUGACCUCCUGUCUGUUGACCCUGGGGGGACUCUUCCGGCUACCGCUGUUCAGGGACUAUAUCAUGGCCGCAGGCCUUUAUCCUGUAAGUAAGCCAAGUAUUGAGCACUUACUGACAAAGAGUGGAACAGGGAAUGCAGUGGUCAUCGUCGUCGGUGGUGCAGAAGAGUCGCUCACCUCUUCCCCAGGAGUCAACACUGUAAUCAUGAAGAACAGGAAGGGCUUUGUUAAGCUGGCCCUUGAGUAUGGAGCUGACCUGGUACCAGUGUACUCGUUCGGGGAGAAUGACCUCUUCAGGCAAGUGAAGUUCUCUGAGGGCAGCAUGGGCCGCCGGUUCCAGGCCAUCUUUAAGAAGGUCAUGGGCUUCGCCCCGUGCCUCUUCAAGGGGGAGCGCUGGCUACUAAUGCCGUACAGGAGUCCCGUCUUCACUGUGGUGGGCAGUCCCAUCUCGGUGCCCAAGGUACCGUCUCCCUCUCAGGAACAGGUUAAUCACUAUCACCAGCUUUAUAUGGAAGGCUUAACCAAACUCUUCCACAAGCACAAGACUAGCUGUGGCCUGGAGGAUACCCACCAGAUCUGCAUCAAUUAAAUGCUGCUGCAUUCCAGAAUGAGACCAAGACCAAGCCAAAGACAUUCCCAAAAGAGAAGUGCCUGUUUAAGCAUCCACACAGGAUGGUUAAUUAUUUAUGUCAUUUUGAUGAUAUGGUGCAUAGUAAUGUUGUUUCUGUUUACCAAUUGUACAAAAUGUUUAAAGAUGAUUAAUAUAUGAUAUCAAUUAGUCUUGUAAUAUGUGGAUGAAUGUAAAGACGGUGCCUGUAUUUAUUGCUAUGGUGUGGCACUAUAUUGCCCUUUCAUUCAUGGGAUGUAUGGUUGAUUUUAUAGAUGGCAAAGAAAGCUGUGAAUAUAUUAUACCUCUAAGUAAUAGUUAUGCAGUCUGUUUGGAUGGCUCAUCAUCUCAGAUGUGAAAAGGUUCCAUGUUUUUGUCAUUUUCUGGACAAAUCGACUUAAAUCUUUGAUUUCCUAUUUAAAGGGGAAUUCCAGCAGCCAGACAGCUUCAGUGCUACAGUCUUGGGGCAAGAACUUGGGAGACUCACGAACAUACCUACAGAGUGUAGUGCUGUAGUUGCCUGGCUGCUGUAACUGCUCGCUGCAGCAACUCGAGUGAGGUGAAAAUGAUUGUUUCAAGUUUUUAGUAUAUUUUUGGGGGCUUUUUGCCUUUAUUCAUAUACAGUAGGACAGUAAAGAGAGACAGGAAGCAAGUUGGAGAGAGAGAUGGGGGACUCGAACCUGGGUCCCCGUGGGCACUUGGACCCGUAUAUGGCAGGAGCACUGUAUGUAGCCUGUUGAGCCAUAGCACCCCCCGUUUUAAUUCUUUUUUUUGUACCGAAGUGCUCAGUGACCUCGAGAAACUGAGAUCUAUGUGAAAAAUCGCUGGAAUUCCCCUUUAAAUACACAUCUUGCCAUCUUUCAGUUUAACUGGCUAAUUGUUCUGCUACAUAUGAUUUUAUCAGCAUGUUGACUGUUCUGAUCUUUUGUCUCUGUCAUUCUGAUCUGCAGAUGUGUUAUUUUAUAUACUUGCACCAAACAUCCAAUCAAUUUUGGAAAACACGAGGAAAACAUAUAAGGACAUAGUCAAUGGGACAUAAAUACUGUAAAUAAUGCCAGAACUGAGACACUUGGAAUAAGAAGGUAGCUCUGGAGACAGUUCUCCUAUAUCAACCUAAUGGAGGUUGUGACAGUAUGGGUCCUGGACUUGUUUCAAGGGUUCCAUACUGAUCUCAUCCGUUGAGCUUUGUUUUUAUGUGCUUUGUCGAGAAGCUGGCUAAUGAUUGGAGCUAUUUUGUAUGUUUGGAUUUGGGCCUGCUUGAAAUUAUAAUUCUCUGCACUUUAAAUGGUGGAAAGUACCUCUUUCUUGCACUCAGUGACUCUCAAUGUAAGUCCUAUCUAAAGAAAGAUAAUUAUCCACAACUUGGCCAAAAGGCUGUAAAUAUGUGGACUGAUAUCCAACAAAAGGCUUCAGUGGGUUCCUGUACUUCUGCCUUAAAGGAACACGCCAACAUUUUGGGAAAUUAUCUUAUUUACGGUCUCCCCCAGAGUUAUAAGAUACCCUUCUCAUCUCUGUGCAUGCAGUAACUCAGUCUGAAGCACCCACCAUUAGCAUAGCUUAGCAUAGUUAAUGGAGGUGGGGAGGUUUGACUAGCUACUGUACUGUAGCUAGCUGGUAAAUAAAUAAGCUUAUUUCCCAAAGUGUUUGUGUAUUCUUUUAACUAUGCCAAUUUUCCCCUGCCAAAUUGUCCAAAUUGUUACCAAGCUCUGACAUAUUAACACAUAUGCCUUUUUGAAAAACAGUAAUACAGUUUAUUGCCUAAACAAGGACUGUCCUGUGGCCUAAAGUCCUCUCUUUGGUGCUUCACCAAAUGCGAGAUGAUGAAGAAACAAUAAAAUGGUGCUUUACCCUUG